CGGUUGUGCGAUAAUGUUAUCUAAUAAAUUUUUGUGGCUACUAUAUGCGAUUUAUUACUUCUUUUAUAGUAUAGAAUAUUCAGAUGCUUUUAAAUUAAAAAAUUCACAUUUUAACGAUGAGAAAAAUACAAGCAUUCAUGAUAUCGAUUUUCGUUUACCGAAAAAUAUUAUUCCAAUUUCGUAUACAAUUAUUUUGACACCAAUUAUAAGUAAAAAUAAUUUUACAUUCAGUGGUGAUGUAACAAUUAAAACUCGAGUUAAUAUUGAAACGGAUGAAAUUAUCUUCCAUCGUGGACAAAAUAUUACGAUAGAUGAAAUUUCAAUUAUUAAUAGCAGAAAAGGGCCGAUUGAAAAAUUUAAUAACACGUAUUAUGAUAAAACGGAGAAACAUGUGUCUUCACUAAACACUCGCGUGCCUGUGAAUUCGACAACUGUUAUACAAAUAUUGUACAAUGGAAUCAUACGAGAUGAUAUGAUCGGUUUUUACAGAAGCUCAUAUUUUUCUGAAACUGGUGAUGUAAGAUGGUUAGCUGCGACACAAUUCCAAACUACUCAUGCAAGACAUGCUUUUCCUUGUUUCGAUGAACCAAAUUUAAAAGCUAAUUUUACCAUCAUUAUUCGUCGGCCCAAAUCUUACACGAGUUUGAGUAAUAUGCCUCUCAAAAGAACAGUAACAAUUUCCGAUGAAUUAGAAUCGGAUACUUAUGAAAGCAGUAUCCCAAUGUCGACUUAUCUCGUAGCCUUUGUCGUGACCCCUGAUUUCAAAUCCAACCGAGAUGAAAAAAAUAACAUAACAGUUUGGGCUCAACCAUUAGCUGUAAAUUUAACUAAUUACGCAUUGAAAGUUGGUUACCAUGCACUAAAUUAUUUUACAAGUCUAUUCAAUGAAAGUUAUCAAAUAGAAAAAAUGGAUAUGAUAGCAGUGCCAGAUUUUUCAGCCGGAGCUAUGGAAAAUUGGGGUCUCAUAACCUACCGAGAAAAUUACUUACUCUAUGAUGAAACAGAAUCAUCGGAUAGUGCACAGCAAAAAGUAGCAUCUACGAUUGUUCAUGAGUGCGCUCAUAUGUGGUUUGGAAAUUUAGUCACCCCGGAAUGGUGGGGGUAUUUGUGGCUCAGUGAGGGGUUUGCUAAUUAUUACCAAUACUUUGUCACGUCUCUGAUUGAAUCUGACUGGGCGAUGGAUCAACAAUACAUUGUAGAUCACUUCCAAUCGGUACUUCAAAAUGAUGGAUUAGAAUCAUCGAAACCGAUGACCAGACAAAUCAAUUCUACAUCAGAUAUUUCUACAAUGGGUGAUACAAUAACUUAUUCAAAGGGUGGGAGUAUUUUACGAAUGAUGAAUUUAGUUUUGGGAUCAGAUAUUUUCAAUUCUGCUAUUCAGAAUUACAUUAAAACAAAAAAAUAUCAAUCAGCUACUCCGAAUGAUCUUUGGAAGUCAUUCCAACAACAACUUGAUUCAAGUAACAAAAGCCUUCCUGCAUCCGUCGAAACAAUAAUGACUUCAUGGACGAGUCAAUCUGGCUAUCCUAUCGUAACAGUUACAAUCCAAAAUAAUACAGCUCAAUUACGGCAAGAACGUUUUUCGAUAAGAAAUGAAUCAGCCGACGAUAAUUCAACCUGGUGGAUUCCUUUGACUUGGACCACGAAAUCAGAACAUAAUUUCGAAAUAACUUCACCACGAUAUUGGUUGAGUGAAAAAAAAUCGGAAAUUAAAUUAAAUGCAUCGGAUGAAUGGAUUAUUUUUAAUAUCAAACAAUCUGGUUUUUAUCGGAUAAAUUACGAUCAACAAACAUGGGAUCGCAUUAUUAACCUAUUGAACAGCGACUCGUUCAAAGAAAUAAGUGUGAUUAAUCGAGCCGGUAUCGUUGAUGACUUACUAAAUUUAGCACGGGCUGGUCUUAUUGAUUAUUCUACUGCUUUAAACGGACUUAAAUAUCUUAGGAAGGAAACAGAAUACUUACCUUUUAAAUCAGCACUUACUGGACUUGAAUACUUACACAAACGUUUUAUUAGUCAAGAAAACUAUCAACUAUUUGCUGAAUUCAUCUUAAAUUUAAUAACUCCAAUGUACAACCACUUAAACUUUGAGGAUGAAAUUAAUGAUGAUCGACUUACUGUAUUACUUCGAGCAGAACUUAACAAGUGGGCUUGUAAACUAGAUCAUAAAAAAUGUGUUGAUAAAUCAUUGAAUUAUUUUACAGAAUGGAUGAAAAAUUCUUCUAAAAUAAUUCCAAAAAAUUCAAAGAACAUCGUAUACUGUACGGCUGCAAGACUGAGCUCUACCGGAAAUAAUGAUUCGAUUCCUGAAUAUAUGCUAGAUAAAUUGUUAAGUAACUUUACGAUAGAAACUCCAAUGAUUUUAGAGACACAAGCUUGCACAAGGAAUAUUACUGUAUUAAAACGGGUAUCAAAAAUAAUACUAGAAGGAUUCGAAAGUAGUAAAAUUCGAAAACAAGACGGGAUAUAUUUUUUUAAAUCCGUUGCGCAAUCGAGUCCAUUUGGCGCUGAAUAUAUUCUCGAAUUUAUUAAUGAUCAUUAUGAUGAAUUACUGGAUUAUUUGGGGGAUAUUAAUUCAAUUGCCGAUAUUAUCGCACUUGCAUCUCAGCAAUUUUCGAGUAAAAAUCUCAUUAAUAAAUUAAAAAUAUUCAUAACAAAUAACAGCAAAAUAUUAGAUCCAAUCAUCAAUUCAAUAAACUCAUCCUUAAGACUUUCUCAAUUUGAACUUAAUUUUUACGAAAAAAAUUCACCUAUAAUCAUUCCAUGGAUUGAAGAAUAUAAUACAAAAUUAAAUGGAAAUUCUGGUGAAAAAUCAAACGAAUAUCGACUCCCUCAAAAUAUAGUGCCAAAAAAAUAUACCAUCAAAUUAACACCAUUUAUCGAACCAGGAAACUUUACAUUCAAAGGCUAUGUUGAAAUAAUUGCUUACAUUGUAAAUUCGACUAAUAAAGUCGUUUUACACAUUGAUGAUAUUAACUACGAAACCGUUGCUCUUAGCGUCGACGAUAAACAGAUUAAAGUAAACUCAACAGCAGAAGAUAAGAAGUAUCAUUUCAUGAAUAUUACUACGAAUGAACAAAUGAUCAAGGGAUCGCAAUUGAAGAUUACAAUUGAAUAUACUGGAAAUCUUAAUGCAGAAAUGAGUGGUUUUUAUCGAAGUUCUUACAUUGACGACUUCAAUAAAACAAAAUGGUUAGCAGCCACCCAUUUAGAACCAGUUGGAGCUAGAAGAGUAUUUCCUUGUUUUGAUGAACCAGGUUUAAAAGCUACUUUCCAAUUGAGUGUUAGCCGUCUAGUCGACUACAAAGCUAUAAGUAACACUUUAUUGAAAUCCACCGUUAAAGACGGUGAUCGAUACAUCGAUACUUUUGAACCAACUCCGAUUAUGUCGACGUAUUUAGUAGCUCUUAUUGUAUCAGAUUUCAAUUCAGUCAGUCAAGAUAAGUCUUUCUCUUCAUGGGCACGACCAAACGCCAUUAUCCAAGCCGAUUAUUCAUCUUCAAUAAUAAAACCAAUAAUUAAUUUCUUCGAAAAAGCCUUAGGUCACUCUUAUCAACUGCCUAAAUUAGACAUGAUCGCGUUGCCUGACUUUGCAUCAGGUGCUAUGGAAAACUGGGGUCUUAUAACGUAUCGUGAAACAAACAUGCUGUAUCAUCCUGACUAUUCGCCUAUAACAUCGAAACAAGCUAUUGCAAACGUUGUUGCUCAUGAAAUAGCUCAUCAGUGGUUUGGUAAUUUAGUCAGUCCUCAUUGGUGGAGUUAUGUUUGGCUCAGCGAAGGAUUUGCAAGAUAUUACCAGUAUCAUGCUACCUCAACAAUUGAACCUAGUUGGGGACUAGAAUCUCAAUUUGUUGUUGAACAACUCCAAACAUCGUUUUCUGAAGACGGUUUGCCUUCAUCUCAUCCCAUGUCUCACAAUGUAAAUAGUCCGGCUGAGAUUUCAAAUAUUUUUGAUACAAUAUCAUACUCAAAAGCCGGAAGUAUUCUACGUAUGAUUGAGAAAAAUUUUGGAUCUAACUUAUUUUACGCGGCACUUAAUGAUUACUUAGGCAUGAGAAAUUACUCAGAUGCAAUACCGGAUCACUUAUUUACCGCUUUUCAAAAGCAAACAGACAAAGCAAAUAUGAAUUUAAAUAUUACAACUAUUUUGAACUCUUGGACAACUCAACCAGGAUUUCCAGUAGUUAAUGUCAAAAUUUUUAAUGAAACUGUUACGUUGUCACAAGAGCGGUUUUUAUUACAAAAUCCGGAUGAUAUAUCAGUGAACAAAACUUGGUGGAUUCCUAUCAGUUGGACUUCAAAUGACAAUUCUGAUUUUAAUUCAACUAUUACUAAAUAUUGGUUUUAUAAAUCUGAUGAUUCUGUUAAAAUAAACACAACUUCCGCUAAAUGGAUUAUUUUUAAUGUGCAACAAUCUGGAUAUUACCGAGUUAACUACGACACUGAUUCAUGGUCGCAUAUUACCCAGGCUCUUAAAAGCUCAGAAUUUGAAAAAAUUCAUGAAAUAAACCGCGCAUCGAUACUUGAUGAUGCACUGAAUCUUGCUCGUGCUGGCUACCUUGACUAUUCGAUAGCCUUAAACAUAACUCAAUAUCUAACACAAGAAGUAAAUUACAUACCGUGGAGAGCUGCAUUCAAUGCUCUUUCAUUUCUACGUCAAAAAUUUGUCGGAACAAAUAUCUACGACUUGUUUAAAACUCACAUUUUAACGAUACUGGAUCCUAUUUACAAUAAACUAAGUUUCAAUGAAAAUUAUAAUAAUGAUACUCAUUAUGAUAAACUUUUAAGAAGAUACGUAAUUAAUUGGGCUUGUGAAUUAGGUGUCGAAGAUUGCAUUAACAAUUCUAUAGCAUUAUUUUAUAGAUGGAAAUCGAGCAACACGCAAUUGGUUCCUGUUAACCUGCGAAGUACCGUGUAUUGCACUGCAAUAAAAUAUGGUACCGACGAGGAUUGGGAGUUUUUGUGGAGCAAAUACCAAACAGUUAAUUUCGCGCAUGAAAAAGUAGUUAUAAAUAUUGCUCUUGGAUGUUCGAAAAAUAAAAAUAAACUAGAUAAAUUAUUGUCAAGUGCCAUUUCUGAAAAUUCCGGUAUAAGAUCUCAAGAUAGUUUGAUUAUUUUUGCGUCAGUAUAUAGGUCUGGUUUAUUUGGAGCCGAACAUGCUCUAAAUUUUGUUGAUGAAUAUUAUGAUGUCAUGUUAAAUUACUACGGAAAACAUGACACAAUUGCAGCAAUUUUGAACGAUAUAUCAUCUCAAUUUUCAACAAAAGACUUAGUUCAAAAAUUCAAAAAUUUUAUCUCCAACAAAAAAAAUAAUCUAUCAGCAAUCGAAGAGUCUCUUAAAUCAUACUUGUCUCGUGCUUACAAAGAACUUGAUUGGUACAACAAUUACAGUCCUCAAAUAUUUGAGUGGCUUGAUAAAACUUACCCAAAUUCAGACUACCGUCUUUCAAAAAAUACUUAUCCUUCAUCUUAUAAGAUUUAUCUCACGCCUUAUUUCGAUAAUUUCACAUUUGACGGCCGAGUUGAAAUCAAUGUUAGCGUAAUGCAAAACACUUCAAGCAUCGUUUUGCACGCAAAUAACUUAAACAUAAAACAAAUAAGUGUAUCAGAAAAUUCUCUCGAAGGAAAUUCUCUCAGAGUAUCCAGUUAUUUUAUUAAUUCAACAACUCAUAAAUUUACCAUCUAUCUAUCAUCUACUGUUAACGAUGAAUCGAAUUUAACUGUUAAUGUUGAAUACUCUGGAGUUCUCAAUGAUAAAAUGGAAGGAUUUUAUCGUAGUUACUAUAAAGAUGACAAUGGGAAUACUCACUGGUUAGCAACAACGCAAUUUGAAAAAUUCGGAGCUCGACAAGCUUUUCCAUGCUUUGAUGAACCAAUAUUCAAAGCUAAAUAUAAAAUUCAUAUUCAACGACCCAAUAAUUAUCAUUCACUUAGUAAUAUGCCAUUAAAAAUAUCCUUACCGUCAGAGAAAUUUAAUUGGACAUGGGAUUAUUAUGAAGAAAGUGUACCUAUGUCCUCUUACCUAGUGGCAUUCAUAAUUUCUGAUUUUGAGUCGUAUCCAAAUUUUCAUCAAAAUUUCACAGUUUGGUCUCGUCCAAAUGCAAUUCGAUACACUUCUCAUGCUUUGGAUUUUGGACAAAAGGCAUUACAAUUUUUAGAAAAUUACACAGGAAUAUCCUAUCCAAUAAAAAAAAUGGACUUAGUCGCGAUUCCUGACUUUGCUGCCGGCGCAAUGGAAAAUUGGGGACUUGUUACUUUCAGAGAAUAUGGAUUAUUAUCAAAAGAAAAUAUAACUACAACUUAUUAUAUGAGAUAUUUAAACACUGUUAUCGCGCAUGAACUUGUUCACAUGUGGUUUGGAAAUUUAGUUACUUGCGAUUGGUGGGAAUAUCUUUGGCUUAACGAAGGAUUUGCGCAAUAUCUUGAAUGGAUUGUAACUGAUUCGAUUUUCCCAGAAGCUCAAUUGAUGAAACAAUUUUCUGUGUAUGAAAUUCAACCAGCAUUAUUAAAAGACUCAUAUAUUCACAUGCGACCUAUGAAUAAUAAAAUGAAAAAUCCACAUGACGACGGUAAAGAUUUUACUUCGGUUGUCUACGGAAAAGCUGCAAGUGUUAUUCACAUGAUCAAGUAUGCAGUUGGAGAAGAUAUAUUCAAAAAAUCGUUGCACAAUUAUCUUGAUAACAAUAAAUUUAGCACUGGCAAGCCAGAAUAUUUGUGGUCAGUUUUGCAAAUGAAUAUUAAUCAAACAGAAGGGAUAAAUGAAACUAUUUUCGACUUAAUGGAUUCAUGGGCUAGUCAGGCAGGGCAUCCUGUAGUCCAUGCACAUGUUACAGCUGGAUCACUUUUUCUUGAACAAGUACGUUUUCUGAUAUCAGGUCGUAAUAAUUCGGCUAAAGAAUUAUAUUGGAUACCUAUAACAAUAACAUCUAAAUCAAGUGCUAAUUUUUCACAUACUUCUCCCGCUCUCUGGUUUGGAACACGUGGAACAACAACUGAUAAAUUUAAUCUUACAGACGAAUGGUUUAUUAUAAAUGUUAAUCAGCUUGGAUUUUAUCGAGUGAAUUAUGAUACAAACAAUUGGAAAUAUUUGAUUGAUGCAUUGAUAUUGGAGGAUAAUUUCGGUGGCAUUCCAGAAAUAAACAGAGCUCAGAUAAUAGAUGAUUUGCUUAUUCUGGCAAGAGCUGGUUAUGUUGAGUACGAGAUUGCACUUCGUGCUACAACGUAUUUGAUAAAAGAGAAAAAUCAUCUUCCGUGGAGAUCCUUUUUGAAUUCCGUGCAAUUUCUUAUAGAACGAUUCGAUGGUAACCAAAAAAUAACUAGUAGUUUGAAAGAGUACGUUUUGAAAUUGAUUGAACCAAUUUAUGAAGAACUGGGUUUUGAAGAUAAAGCCAACGAUACGGAUUUGGAUAAAUUAAAUAGACAAAUUAUUUUAUUUUGGACAUGUCGAUUUGGUCAUGCCAAGUGCAUAGAAAAAGCUAAACAGAUAUUCGAUGCAUGGCGAGGUAACGAAACGUACUUUAUUUUUCCCAAUGCAAAACCAGCAGUUUGGUGUACAGCUCUAAAACACGGUGAUUUUGAUGACUGGGAAUUAAUGUGGCAAGAAUACCGUGCAUCAAAUUUUGAAUCAGAAAAAGUUAUGAUUUUAAGUGCACUUGGAUGUUCACAAAAUUCAACCGCUAUCAAGAAAUAUCUAAGUAAUGCUAUUUCAUCAGAUGGUUCAAUUCGUGACCAAAAUAUCGUAAAUGUUUUCUCAUCUGUUUAUUCUGCUGAAAAGUAUGGUGUUGAUUUAUCAAUUGAAUUUUUUAUAAAUAAUUACACUUCUAUUUAUAAAUUUUACAAAAAUUGGGGUUCUGUCGCUAAUUUAUUUUCAAACAUAGUUUCGAAAGUAUCAACUGAAGAACAGAUUCAGAAGCUUAUCUCAUUUGUUAUGGAACAUGAAGAAGAAUUUGAAGAAAUCCGUAGUACGUUAGAUGAAUCGAUCAUUAACGCUCGAAUGAUGUUGAAUUGGAGUCAGCUCCACUAUAGAAAAAUUUUAGACUGGUUAACUACGAAAAAAAAUUUAAUAGAGUCAUUGGGCAGUCGAUAUGGUUCCUCUGGAACAGCAAACGCUAUAAAACCGCUCUCAUUAAUUAUCAUUUUAAUUAGUAGUGUAAUUUUAUUGUAGAGAAUAGAAAUAAUUAUAAAAAAAACAAAUGUACUUCUUGAAAAAUUAAUAUAUCGUUUGUCGAUCACAAAACUGAAAUUACAAUUACAUGAAAAUAUAUGUAUAACAAAAAAAUUGCCAUUUUUAAUUGUUCGAAAGUAUUUCUGCUGAAACUCGGAAUUUUUCGAAUUGGGUGUAC